CCUUCAAUUCAUAUGUUUGUCCCAAGACAAAUGAAGGACAGGCACAGAAGUAAAGGAAAAGACAGUUAUUUUUGGAACUGCUGAUUAUACAAAAUGCACAGUAUGCUACAGUCAGUGAUAGAUACAGCUCUGUAGUAGCAAAACCCUACGUUUUGUUUUAGCAAAGAAAUUGUGUCCUAUCCUGCAAUACAAGAAUGAAGUGUUAAUGAAGUACAUCGAGAUAUCCUGGAUCACAUUCGCUGUUAUGAAUCUAAACAUGUUGCCCUUCUUUGUAUCGUGUAAAUUCUGAAUUAUGUUGACUAAAAUAAACUCGGUCAACCAUAUACAAUUCAUUAAAUUAAGUCAACUCUAAUAGUGGCCAAAAAAAAAAAAGCCACCAACUAAAAGCUUUAGAUUACAAUGGAUCCACUGAAUGACACCAUUCUUGAAAUUGAACAGAGGUAUUACCACGUGGACAGAUCGGUCCUAGCUGCACAAAGUAGAUAUUUCGAUGUGCUGUUUUACGGUGGAUUCAAGGAAAGCAGUCAGCGUAAAAUACAACUUAAAGGAAUAGAUGAAGCAUGUUUUCAGAUGCUCCUUGAUUUUGUCAACAAAGGCACCAUUGAAAUAAAUAAAUGGAAUGUCACUGAUAUCUUGGAAACGGCAGACUUUUUAGAUUUACAGAAAGCUAAGGGGCUCUGUGUCGGAUUUCUAGCCCAUGAACUACGUGUGUCAAACUGCUUGGACAUGAUAUCUUAUUCUCGGCAAUACGCUUGCCCAGAGCUCUUGAAAUCUGCUUUCAACGUGGCCCUCACACACUUGCCAGAUCUUAUGAAUGAUUACGAAGAUGAAUUUAACCAACUUGAUAAGGAAACCUUUGUGCAAUUGCUGAAUUCAGAUGGACUUUUUGUUUCCAAUGAAGACCUAGUAUUUGAGGCUGUCAUGAAGUGGGUCAUAGCAGACCCAAUCCGAGAGAAGGACUUUGGAGAUCUGGUAUCACUGGUGAGACCUGCAUUCCUUAGCCUCUCUUUUCUCGAUACACUAGUCCGAAGAAGUAAGAGUACAGAAGGCCGGAAUGCCUAUGUUAGACUAUUGCAGACUUCAAACACCAAUAUCUCCAAGGCAUGGAACACCAUAGAUGAGACUAUGUCCACAAGUAGGACUUACGAGACCUUAUAUGUUUUAGGAGGAAAGCAUGAAAAAGAGCAACAGGAUCUCUACGUUUUUCUUCCAAAGAGCUCCUCGUGGAGAGCCUGCUCACCUCUGCUGCGUAAAAAUCUCACUCAUUAUGCAGUGGCAACAGUAGGAAAUCUGAUGAUUGUGACUGGUGGAUAUUUUCGAGGAGAUUUUGUAUGGUACAGUAUAGCCUGUGUGGUCAUUUAUGAUUCUUCCACAAACUCUUGGGUUGAUGGUCCACCCAUGAAAAUGUCCAGGAAUUGCCACUGUGCUGUGGGGAUUGGGCUCCAACUCUAUGCAAUUGGAGGAAGUACAGAUGAAAGUGUGAUUGCAGAUGUAGAGUGUUUGGACCUGGCAGAUAUGAAAUGGGAGAGCCGUAGCCCUCUCAUUAGACCAGUAGAAAGAGCUGCAGCCACCAGUGCAGGAUCCAAUUUGUAUGUCCUUUGUGGCCGCGAUGAGAAUGGGGAUGUCUACAGCGGAGUGCAGAGACUUAACACAGAAACUGACGAGUGGGUUGUGAUCUCUUAUUCUCCGAUGCCCAGGUAUGACCUGUGUGCCACAUUCCUCAAUGGAGUGAUAUAUACCAUUGGUGGCAAGGCUCUUAAAUUUGAUCUUUGCACUGAAGAAUGGACAAUAAUCGACAAGGAAUGCCUCAACCGGAAGUUUUUCAUGGGAUGCGCCUCCGUCAAUGGACAAAUCUACAUCAUGGGGCAAAGGAGGGCAAGUAUAACCCAAGAUAUUCCAAACUUUGUAUUGCUUGAUCCAUACCUGGAUAACUGCCAAGUGAAAGAUUCCAAUAUCCCGUGCCCUUUGCCCAUCCGUGGCUGUGUGACUGUUAAAAGCUGUGAUAUUUCGUUUUAAGAAUGCAAAAACCCCACAUGUUUUAAGACAUCUAUUAACGGAAUUUCAAGGAGUCACUCGUAUAUGUGUUGGAAUGUUUUGAUGUUGUGUAGUAACAAUGGCAGGGAAAAUAUAGAAAAUGGAAUGGACAA